CUGCGCAUGCGCUGUGCGACGGGUUUGAGUGGCAAGUUGUUUGUUCAGCGAGCCCAGCUGCUCUGCCCGGCUCCGCUCCGCAACUUCGGCACCAUCAUCCCCACCCCAGGAACCGGGUAGGGGGAGAAAGAGCCGGGUAGAAGGGAGAAAAGAGGGUAAAAAAUAAGAGGGGGGUGAAAAAAAUACCCUACCAAAAACAACAACCACCAACAAGGCAGCGACAAUAACAGCCCCCCCCCUCUCCUCCCCAUUCAAAAAACACAAGAUAAACCUCGGGGAUAGAUGAACUACAAAUGAGAAAGAGGAAAAGAUGGAACUGCACAUCUUAGAGCACAGGCUCAGAGUGGCCAGCAUAGCCAAGGAGAGCAUCCAGUUGUUUACCUAUGGAUUAAUCAAACUUGCUUUCCUGUCCUCCAAGACGAGGUGCAAGUUCUUCAGCCUCACGGAAACCCCUGAGGACUACACCAUCAUUGUGGAUGAAGAGGGCUUCCUAGAGCUUCCUUCCUCGGAGCACCUGAGCGUGGCUGAUGCCACAUGGCUUGCCCUCAAUGUGGUGUCUGGUGGAGGUGGCUUCUCUGGCUCCCAGCCCAUCGGCGUGACCAAAAUUGCCAAGUCAGUCAUUGCACCACUAGCUGACCAAAACAUCUCAGUGUUCAUGCUCUCCACCUAUCAGACAGACUUCAUCCUGGUACGUGAGCGAGACCUGCCCUUCGUCAUGCACACGUUGGCUGCGGAGUUCACCAUCCUCAGAGUAGUCAACGGGGAGACGGUGGCCGCCGAUGACCUUGGGAUAACAAAUGGAUUUGUCAAACCAAAAUUGGUUCAGAGGCCUGUCAUUCACCCCCUUUCCAGUCCGAGUAAUAUGUUCUGCGUCACCAGCCUGGACCCAGAUACCCUUCCCACUGUUGCUACACUCCUCAUGGAUGUCAUGUUUUACUCCAAUGGAGUAAAGGACUCGGUGGUGGGCAAUGAAGACUCGGGACACAUUCGCUUUUUCUCCUUUUCUCUCAUUGAGGGUUACAUCUCCCUGGUCAUGGAUGUCCAGACACAGCAGAGAUUUCCUAAUAAUUUGUUGUUUACAAGUGCAUCUGGUGAGCUCUGGAAGAUGGUGCGGAUUGGUGGGCAGCCCCUUGGCUUCGAUGAAUGUGGAAUUGUCGCUCAGAUUUCUGAGCCUUUGGCCGCGGCCGACAUCCCAGCCUACUACAUCAGUACUUUUAAGUUUGAUCACGCGUUGGUACCUGAAGAAAAUAUAAACGGUGUGGUCAAUGCACUCCAAGUCAGUCAAGCUGAAAAGCAUUAGAAAUCUUCUGAGCUGGUUCCAGAUGCUUUUUAUUAUUAUUAUAAUUAUUAUUAUUAUUCUUUUUUUUUUUUUCUCACAGUAUUUUCUUGAAAAAAAAAAAAGGAAAAAAAAAAAAUCUGAUUCCAGAGAGUGACGUGAAAAAGAGACUGUGGAAAGCUGAGCAGAAACAGCUGCGAAUAGCCUUUGUUUUAAUUAUUAUUAUUAUUAUUAUUAUUAUUGUUAUUUUAUUAAAUUUCUUUAUGAAUGAGGGGCAGGAGGAAGAGAGGUCAGGCUGUUUCCUGAGGCUCAGCUCGGGGUGAGAUGGAGCUGCCCGGGAGCUCAUGUUGUUCCCCAGCACGUGGCGUGGAUGGACGGAUGGACACGGAUGGAUGGAUGGAUGCGGGCGCUGCACCCUGAGCCCCACAGCACGGCCUGGUCUGGUGGGCUGCUGGCUGCCAGAGAGCCUUGAGCCCCUUAAAAUGAAAUGUGGAAUUAAAUAGAAAAGACGUCGCACGGUGCUGGCUUGUCUCCUCUCGUCAGGAUGUCUGAGGACUCUCCAUCAUUGCGUAUGUUGGGUUGGGAUGGGGUUGGGGUUCUGUUUCCCCUCUUAGGUGCUGGAGAAAGGGGCCCUGCAGAUCACACCACCUGGGUUUCUGUCUGCUUUGAGUCUGGCUUAGGUUUGUUUUCCAUCUCCCCACGCCCAGUAUCCUCCCCCCUGUGUUCCUGCUCCAGGACAGCUGCUGUCCCCUCACCAGGACCAGCAGGAGGAGAGAGAUUCCUUCUCUCCCAUCCCAAUUCUAGACAUUUGUGGGGCACAAAGUGUUGUCCAGUGUCCUCAUUGCUGCUCCUCUCCUACCCCACAGCCUGGGCCACCUCAGACAGAUUGUCCUCACCAGGGGCAGGAGGUCCCCAAACCCCGCUGGGCCCCUUCUGUGGCUUUUAUCAGUGGAAAUAUCUGCCAUGUGGGGACUGAACUCAUGGGGGUUUUCCAUUGGCUUCAGAUCUAUGAAAGCUGAACUGUGCUGAAAACUCCCCCCCCCAAAAAAAAGCCCGUAGAGCACAACCCAGCACCCCCAGAGCUGAUGUUACCCAGGACAGGGAGAAGGAGAAGCCACCUGCACAGGGUCUGCCCUCACAUUUCUUAUGUUCCUAUUCUUUCCCAUGAUGGAGAAAUGGCACUUUGCAGUUUCCUGCAGCUGCGAGGCAGGGAGUUGCAGCAAUCUGCAGGGGGUACAAGGGCAGGCAGGAGGUGAUGCUGUAGGUGUUGUAUGUGCUGGUGUGCAGGACAUGCAUCAGUUGGUGUUGCUUCCUAAGGAGCAGCAAGAGAAGUACUUGAAACAAGCAGCAAUUCUACUGAGCCUUAAGUGAGAACAGCAAGGUUUUUAUUUUCUUCGUACUUUAAUUUUUGCACUCAGGAUGAUUUAGAGGCUGUUUUGGUUGUUCCACUUCUUCUUUCCUGGAGGGAAGUGGCCUUAAAUUCCCCAUAACUGUGGCUGCAGAGCAUCACCCAGGGCUGUCCCACCCUGCAGACACCCUCAGCUUCACCUCCUCCAGACCUUCCAUUUCUCCACAGUCGGAGCUUUUUUCUCCCCUCUUUGCCUUUUUCUUUCUUUCUUUUGGUCUUUUUCUGCCUGGUUGGGUUUCAGCUGCACUGUGUGUGUGCACAUACAUAGAAAUGCCUGCCUUUAUUUGUGUUGGUGUGCCUGUACGCAGCACAGACACCUGAGCAAUAGAGACUUGAACAUGCUGUGUGCAUCCACGGGCACGUACAGCUGUAGGCAGUGCCGUAUGCACUCGUGUAUCACUGUAUGUUCUUAAUUCAAGUGUCUCAGCAAUAGGAGUGCGUGGCCCUGCUCCCUCUGCAGCUGGCUGCCUCAAGCACAGAGAUGGGAGAGAAGCUUCUCCUUUUCCACUCGUCCUUUUCAUUGCGGUGCCACUUUGAAUCCAGCACCCAAAAUCCCUCCACGAAAGAUCAGUGACAUCGUGCACAAGGCAGCAGGACCCGUGUUGGUGCAGUGUCCACGAUUGCUGCUUUCUUUGCUUUGUGUUCAGCCCCUGCAGUGUGAUGUUGCAGCCAUCGGUGAUGGAUGCCAUUAGGCAAUGAGGAGUCCCUUUCUUUCUGUCACUGCCACUCCUGUGUGCAUCUCCAGCAGCAGCUGAAGGCAUCUCACUCACUGCCCCCAUCCUGACUGGAGAUGUCGGACUGGAUUAAACUUUUAUUACCUGCUAGAGAGCAAAACCCAGUUAAUCCUUUUGCCAAACAGUAUUUACACUGUGUGGUGUGUGCUGGGCCGUGUUUACAUUGGCCGAGGUGUGAGGUUCUGCCUGGCAGCUUCAGCUGCCUCCUCCUAUGAGUCCCUCCGUCCAUCCAGGGCUGUGUGCAUCCCAUGGGCGGCUGCAUUGUGGGACUGAGCCCUUCUCAGCCCCAUUCCCCAUCCCCUGCUCCUCCAUCACUCAGCCCACGAAGCACAACAUGGUGUAAGGCCAGCUGGCACCAGCACAGAAGGGCCACGUCCUGCAGCACAGCAGAUCCUAUAGCAGCAACUGCCCCUGCAGGGGCAACGCACAGCCCCUGGAUCCUGGCAGGAGAUUCUGAGAGGGGAAUGAAUGAAGUAUUGCAAACAGUAUGACAGGUUUAGGGUGUGAAUGUACAGAGAAACAGACCUCUUAGGAACUGAAUAGCCAAGAAGUUCACCUUGCAGUCUCCAGGCAGCACCAGCCCCUUCUGCUGGUUGGGAAGAUGAUGGGAUGCAGGGCUGGGGCUGAAUGGUGCCAUGCAGAGCACACAGCCCACACUCAUUGCUGUGGAUGAGGUGUGUCUGGGUUUGGUGUGGCCUGAGGAGAUGGUGUUGCACUGUCCCCUGCAUGGUACAUUUGGCAGCAUGGGGUUCUCCCACCCCCCUGCCAUCCCUGUGCUGAGGCACUGAACCAGCUUUCUGCAAUAGCAGCAAUCAGCCUUUUUCCCAAAGAACUCCCACCAGCUUUUUUGUAACUCGAAACAACGCUGUUUUCUGGGCACCGUGGCUUUAUGUGAGUGGGAGCACAUGGUACCCUGGGUUGAUGUGCAUUGGAACCCCCCUUCUCAUGAAGCUGGGGUGCUUCAAGAGAGCUCAUCUCUACCUUCCUCACUAAUACAGCUGGUCUGUUGGCCCCAGGCUUGUCACUAAAAUGAGGGGUGCAGUGGUCCUGCUGCCUACCUGCUGUUUGCUGGGCACAAGGGUCAGCAUGGGGGGGACUUCAUAUGGAGGAGCCCCACCAUCCCCCUCACUUGAGGCUCUAGUGUGGCCCUAACACCAUGUUGGAGUCCCACCUGGUUAGAGCAGGGCCCAGCAGAUCUCUUCACCCUUCUCUGCCUUUAGGAAACCUGCAUUUCCGCAAGGAUGUUCAUAGUGCUGCCCCCCAUAAAUUAGCAAGCUGUCAUGAGAGCAGGGGCUGCCCCUCUGCUGCAGCAGCUCUAUGGGGGUGCACAGCCCUCUGGACCCUCACAAACCCUUCCCAGGAGCCUUUCCUUGUUGGGGGGACACGAAUGAUGCAUUCUAUUUUUCCCCUUUAACUCCCAGCCUAAUGCAAACCAUUGUGGGGCUCACCCAGACCAGCACUGGGCUGUGCAGCUGAGAGCGGCCGCUUUGCAUUCCCAGCGCGCUGCUUUCCUUCGCCAGUUGCUGCUGCUGCUGCUGCAAAGCUGAGGUUUAUGUACUGUAUGGGGGUAAAAAAAACACAGAACACACACAGGAAAAUAAAUCCUAAUGUUCCGAAACAAAUGACGGUAUAUUUUGUACUUUGUAAAAGUGUUAAUUAAAAAGAAAAAGAAGGAAAAGAAAAAAAUAAAAGGUGAAAACGCUGUCUGCUUUUGUACUGAUCAAACUGAUGACAAUAAAGCAGAGCUUGGCACUGUC